AUGGAGGAAAUGGGAAGCCUCUCUUCCCAGCUUAUGCUUUUAUGCGCUGGGUUCUCUCUUCUUUACAUGCUGAUGAAAACCAUUCAGUUCUAUUACAGAAGACGAGCACUGCUCAAGGCUUUUGAAAAAUUUCCCGGCCCCCCCAGCCACUGGCUUUAUGGUAAUGUUCACCAGAUAACCAGCCACAGAGAGGAACUGGAUAUCAUGUUGAACUGGGCUGAGCAAUUCCCUUAUGGUUUUCCCAGAUGGUUUGGUGGCUUUAUCACUUCCUUAGUUGUUACCCACCCCGAUUAUGCCAAAACUGUGUUUUGCAGAGGAGAUUCCAAGCCAGCAUUCAGCUAUGAGCGUUUGAUUCCUUGGAUUGGGAAAGGCCUACUGAUCUUAGAUGGACCUAAGUGGCAACAACACAGGCGAUUAUUAACCCCGGCUUUCCAUUAUGACAUCUUGAAACCCUACCUGGCAAUAAUUAGAGAUUCAACCCAAGUGAUGCUGAAUAAAUGGGAGAGGCUGAUCAGAGAAGAUCCUACAAAGUCUCUGGAGAUGUUUGAACAUGUCAGUUUGAUGACUCUUGACAGCAUCAUGAAAUGUGCCUUCAGCUACAAAAGCAACUGCCAAACUGAUAGUGAACUGGAUUAUUAUGUCAAAGCUGUGUCUGAUCUGACAUAUCUAUUAUUUCGGAGAAUCACCUCUGCAUUACUUCAGAAUGACCUUGUCUAU